UUCUUUCAUUGACCAAUCACAGAACAGCAACGACAAAACACUUCCGCUUUGAUCAGCAGCUUGUCUUUCCAGUCGAGCGGCCGGUGUGGCGAUAGUAGUAACGUGGACCCCACCUAACCUAAAAUCCGAAAAACACAUAUAAAGAUGCCCCCCAAGAAGGCAGAAGCACCGACAGCUCCCCCUUUAAUCGGACGAUUUGGUACAUCUCUCAAGAUUGGAAUCGUUGGAUUACCAAACGUUGGGAAAUCCACUUUCUUUAACGUCUUGACCAAAAGUCAAGCAUCUGCAGAGAACUUCCCAUUCUGCACCAUCGACCCAAACGAGAGUAGAGUACCUGUCCCUGAUGAUCGUUUUGAUUUCCUCUGCCAGUACCACAAACCAGCCAGUAAAGUCCCCGCCUUCUUAAAUGUUGUGGACAUUGCUGGUCUGGUGAAGGGAGCCCACGCUGGACAAGGUCUUGGAAAUGCCUUCCUCUCUCACAUCAGUGCCUGUGACGGCAUUUUCCACAUGACACGAGCUUUUGAUGAUGAGGACAUCAUCCAUGUGGAGGGCAACGUCGACCCAGUGAGAGACAUCGAGAUCAUCCACGAGGAGCUGAGACUCAAAGAUGAGGAGAAGAUCAACUUUGUCCUCGACAGACUGGAGAAAACUGCAGUCAGAGGAGGAGAUAAAAAACUGAAACCUGAAUAUGACAUCAUGUUGAAGGUAAAGAACUGGGUGGUGGAGGAGAAGAAACAUGUCAGGUUUUACCACGACUGGAACGACAAAGAGAUUGAAGUGCUGAACAUUCACUUAUUACUGACAUCCAAGCCAAUGAUCUACCUGGUGAACCUCUCAGAAAAAGAUUACAUCAGAAAGAAGAACAAAUGGUUGGUAAAAAUCAAGGAGUGGAUCAAUGUUCACGACCCUGGUGCUAUAGUCAUCCCAGUGAGUGGAGCUGUGGAGUCCAAACUGCUGGACAUGGAGGACGAGGAGGAGAGGAAAAAGUACUGUGAGGAGCAUAAGACACAGAGUGUUUUGACCAAAAUCAUAAAGACAGGCUAUGCAGCUCUGCAGCUGGAAUACUUCUUUACAGCGGGACCAGACGAGGUGCGAGCAUGGACAGUCAGGAAAGGAACCAAAGCUCCUCAGGCUGCAGGGAAGAUCCACACCGACUUUGAGAAAGGCUUCAUCAUGGCUGAGGUGAUGAAGUUCAACGACUUCAAAGAGGAAGGCAGUGAAAAUGCAGCAAAGGCUGCGGGGAAAUACAGACAGCAGGGCAGGAACUACGUAGUGGAUGACGGGGACAUUAUCUUUUUCAAAUUCAACACACCCAACGCCCCCAAAAAGAAAUAGAGAGACGACACGCUCACCAGAGGGAGAACUCAGAAUACGGCUCAGUCCUGAGAGCUGCACUGUCUGUGGCUUUUACACUUGUCUCAUAAACUCAGAGGAUUAACGUGGACCUGAACCAGAAUUUCUUCAGAAAAGUCGUUAUAUUACCUUGUCCUUACAAACAAAUACACACAUUCCUAUGUGGAAGAACAGGAGCAGAUGUCAAGUUGAAAAGAAACAGUUGAAGCUCUGCAAAUGUAAACAAAAAGUAUAGCUGAAAAUAACUCCAGUGGAAUAUAUUGAUAAGCAUGUGAUUAUCAGGUUGAAAUGAUGAGCAUAAGUGAACUAGUGAGAUAAAUGUCAAAAAUCUGAAUUCUGAAAUUAUAAAUAUAAGAAAGCAAAUUAAAUGGAUGUAUAUCUGGAAAAAACUAGAUAAUUUGUCAUUUCAACAAUGUUUUCUAUUUGACUUUUCACCAAAUACUUGCAAAUUUAUUUCAUAUUUUUUUGCUGUUACAUUACAACUUUUAGACUAUAAUUUAGACUGUUUACAUUCUUGUGAAAGAAAAAUAAACUGUCGAUUGCAUGGCCCUACCUAAAAACUAGACCUAAUUGAAUUCACCUAAAUGGUUAAAUUAUGCAAAUUAUUGCCUAGUUUUUAAAAAAAACCAUGUUUGGGACCUUUUACACAUUUUAAAUGUUUAUAAACAAACUAAGUUGUUUUUGUUAACAACACAUUUUUCAGUUCCAACAUGUUUUACUGGAUACUGAUUUUGUUUUCCAUCAGUACCUGGGACAUGAACUUCUAAAACCUGUAACCAUUUUCUGAACAGUGUAUAAGACUUUCCUCAAAGACGGUGAAUUCCAUCUCAGCGCCUCUGCUGCGCUGUAUUCUGAGCAGAUUUGUUUUAGACAAAACAAUGCAGGCGCCCUAACACAGAUGAUAUUAAACUGCACACUCAACUGCUUUUAUUGACUUGGUUGUUUUGGCUGUGGCGUUAAAAAACCCAGACUCUUUACAUUAUGAUUAUAAUUCUGCUUAACGAGACAAUACUUCUUUGUGAAUCUGCACAACUACAGGAACAGAGAGCCGAGCAUCAUCUGUGCUGCAUCUGGACUUACCCCCACUCACUGCCCCCACAGGGUAAAUGUCUCUUUCCUGCCCCAUUUUACAACAACUUACCAAAAUACAAACACCAACACCAGCUUUCUUUGUUAACUCAAUAGAGAUGCUGAGAAAUGAGUAAGCACCGCUAUUAUCAUGCCUUGUCCAACUGCACGUGUCAAUAAAUGGAGGUAAAACUG